AACCUCUAGAAAAAUCGGUUCCUAGAACAUUCUUGAACCCUCUCGUUCCCGGGCAAGAUCAAUGCUAUAAAUACACCCCACCCGAAUUCCUACUCACUCAUCACAAACCCUAAGAUUCAACGUGCAAAUUCUUCUGCAACUCACGUGUUCUUCUCUCUCUCUCUCAUACGUAAUUUUUCUCUCUGUUUCUGGUCAUUCAGUUCAAUUCCGUAGCGGAGUCUGGUGAUGGCGGGAAAAGGUGAAGGUCCGGCGAUCGGAAUCGAUCUUGGGACAACAUACUCGUGCGUGGGAGUGUGGCAGCACGACCGCGUCGAGAUCAUAGCGAACGACCAAGGGAAUAGGACGACUCCGUCCUAUGUUGCCUUUACUGAUACGGAGCGUCUCAUCGGCGAUGCGGCCAAGAACCAGGUCGCCAUGAACCCUACCAACACCGUGUUCGAUGCAAAGCGAUUGAUUGGAAGGAGGUUCAGUGAUGUCUCCGUGCAGAGCGACAUGAAGCUUUGGCCAUUCAAGGUCAUCGCAGGUCCUGGCGACAAGCCCAUGAUUGUGGUAAACUACAAAGGCGAGGAGAAGCAAUUCGCUGCUGAGGAGAUCUCUUCCAUGGUCUUAACCAAAAUGAAGGAGAUUGCUGAGGCUUACCUUGGCACAACUAUUAAAAAUGCAGUCGUAACUGUCCCAGCCUACUUCAAUGACUCCCAGCGCCAGGCCACCAAGGAUGCUGGUGUCAUUUCUGGCCUCAAUGUAAUGCGUAUCAUCAAUGAGCCCACUGCAGCUGCAAUUGCUUACGGUUUAGACAAGAAGUCAACUAGUGUUGGUGAAAAGAAUGUUCUCAUCUUUGAUCUAGGUGGUGGUACUUUUGAUGUCUCUCUUCUCACAAUUGAAGAGGGUAUUUUUGAAGUGAAGGCAACAGCUGGUGACACUCACUUGGGUGGGGAAGAUUUCGAUAACCGAAUGGUGAAUCACUUCGUUCAAGAGUUCAAGAGGAAGCAUAAGAAAGACAUCAGCGGUAACCCUAGAGCCCUUAGGAGAUUAAGGACGGCUUGUGAGAGGGCAAAAAGGACUCUCUCCUCGACUGCUCAGACCACCAUUGAAAUUGACUCUUUGUAUGAGGGUGUUGAUUUUUACACCACGAUCACCAGAGCCAGAUUUGAGGAGCUUAACAUGGAUCUCUUCAGGAAAUGUAUGGAACCUGUCGAGAAGUGCUUGAGGGAUGCGAAAAUGGACAAGAGCAGCGUCCAUGAUGUGGUACUUGUUGGUGGGUCCACUAGAAUUCCCAAAGUGCAGCAACUCUUGCAAGACUUCUUCAAUGGGAAGGAAUUAUGCAAGAGCAUAAACCCGGAUGAAGCUGUUGCCUAUGGUGCUGCAGUUCAAGCGGCGAUCUUGAGUGGUGAGGGCAAUGAGAAGGUGCAAGACCUAUUGCUGUUGGAUGUCGCACCUCUGUCGCUUGGUUUAGAAACAGCCGGUGGUGUGAUGACUGUCUUGAUUCCAAGAAACACCACGAUCCCCACGAAGAAGGAGCAGGUGUUUUCUACUUACUCUGACAACCAACCAGGUGUUUUGAUCCAAGUGUUUGAGGGUGAGAGGACAAGAACUAGAGACAACAACUUGUUGGGCAAAUUUGAGCUCUCUGGUAUCCCUCCGGCACCCCGGGGUGUUCCUCAAAUCAAUGUCUGCUUUGACAUUGAUGCAAAUGGUAUAUUGAAUGUAUCUGCUGAGGACAAGACCACCGGACAGAAGAACAAGAUCACAAUCACGAAUGAUAAGGGUAGGUUGUCGAAGGAAGAGAUUGAGAAAAUGGUGCAAGAGGCUGAAAGAUACAAGUCGGAGGAUGAGGAGCACAAGAAGAAGGUGGAAGCGAAGAACGCCUUGGAAAACUAUGCUUACAACAUGAGGAACACAAUCAAGGAUGAGAAGAUCAGUUCGAAGCUUCCGCCGGUUGAUAAGAAGAAGAUUGAGGAUGCUAUUGAUGAGGCGAUUCACUGGUUGGAUGCGAACCAGCUUGCUGAGGCGGAUGAGUUUGAGGACAAGAUGAAGGAACUUGAGAGCGUAUGUAACCCCAUCAUUGCGAAGAUGUACCAGGGUGGUGCCGGGGGUCCUGACAUGGGUGGGGGAAUGGAUGAUGAUGAUGUUCCUUCGGCUAGUGGUAGUGGUGCUGGUCCCAAGAUUGAGGAAGUUGACUAAGUAUCUCGUGUUCUUGCGGUUUUGGUGGUAGUUGUGUGGUUGAAAUGUCUGGUUUUGGUUUUUGGUGUUGUAGUAUAGUAUAGUAGAUGGUCGGACAUAUAUGUCUGACCUUUGAACUUAUAAGUAGUACUAUAAAGCUGAGUUUGUUAUUCCUCUUUUUUUUUUUCUUUUUUUUUCUCUCUCAUGUGAACAGGUCCUAUGUUUGAGUAAGUGUUCUUGUGAAUGUAUGAUGGUUGCAGUGACAUUUUCUUUGCCAUUCUGUUGGACAUUGUUGCAGCUUAUUGAAUUAUUAUUAUUUUUUUGGUCAAACAAAAUAGAAAA